UUCCCGACGAGGGUCAGCCUGGCGCGGCUGCUGAUGGAGACGGAGAUGGAGGAGCAGGCGCUCGGGGUGCUGGAGCGGCUGGUCACGGACGACGAUUCCAGCGUCGAGGUGUGGUAUCUGGGGGGCUGGUGCUUGUAUGUCGCGGGCGAGAAGCUGCGCGAGGCCAAGCCCCAGCAGAACGGCGAGGGGGAGGCUGCUGAGAAGGAGUGGAAGGCGACGUGGGGGUAUGCGCGGAAGUGGCUGUCCCAGUCGCUGAAGCUGUAUGAGAUGCAGGAGUAUGAGGACGAGAGGCUGGGCGAGCAUGCGAGGGAGUUGCUGGAGAGCAUUAACGGGGUGCUUGGGGAGCCGCCGGAGGGGGAGGAUGAUGAUGAGUGGUCUGGGAUCAGCGAUGAUGAUGAUGAGGAUGUUGAGGAUGAGGACGAUGAGGAGCAUGAGCAUGGUGAGCACUGCGAUCACGAUCAUGAGAUGCAUGAUUAG